CUUCUUCCAGGCAAUUUUCUCCCAUCCCUCUCUCUUCUCCCCUCGCAGCCUCCACUCCCCUUCCCUCGGACCCUUCUUCCCCAGCGGCAGCUGGAGGUGCCAGGACCCUCGGCCACAGCCUCCCCUCCCCCGCCGCCACUUGGGUCCGGCCCUCCCCUCCCCCCGCCGCGGCCGGCACAGCCAAUCCCCCGAGCGGCCGCCAACAUGCUCUUUGAGGGCUUGGAGCUGGUGUCGGCGCUGGCCACCCUCGCCGCGUGCCUGGUGUCCGUGACGCUGCUGCUGGCCGUGUCGCAGCAGUUGUGGCAGCUGCGCUGGGCUGCCACCCGCGACAAGAGCUGCAAGCUGCCCAUCCCCAAGGGCUCCAUGGGCUUCCCGCUCAUCGGAGAGACCGGCCACUGGCUGCUGCAGGGUUCCGGCUUCCAGUCUUCGAGGAGGGAGAAGUAUGGCAACGUGUUCAAGACGCACUUGCUGGGGCGCCCGCUGAUCCGCGUGACGGGCGCGGAGAACGUGCGCAAGAUCCUCAUGGGCGAGCACCACCUCGUGAGCACCGAGUGGCCGCGUAGCACGCGCAUGCUGCUGGGCCCUAACACCGUGGCCAACUCCAUCGGCGACAUCCACCGCAACAAGCGCAAGAUCUUUUCCAAGAUCUUCAGCCACGAGGCCCUGGAGAGCUACCUGCCCAAGAUACAGCUGGUGAUCCAGGACACGCUGCGUGCCUGGAGUAGCCACCCCGAGGCCAUCAAUGUGUACCAGGAGGCACAGAAGCUUACCUUCCGGAUGGCCAUCCGGGUGCUGCUUGGCUUCAGCAUCCCCGAGGAGGACCUGGGGCACCUGUUCGAAGUCUACCAGCAAUUCGUGGAGAACGUCUUCUCCCUACCUGUGGACCUGCCCUUCAGCGGCUACCGGCGGGGCAUUCAGGCUCGGCAGAUCCUGCAGAAGGGGCUGGAGAAGGCAAUCCGGGAGAAGCUGCAGUGUACCCAGGGCAAGGACUACUCGGAUGCCCUGGACAUCCUCAUUGAGAGCAGCAAGGAGCACGGCAAGGAGAUGACGAUGCAGGAGCUGAAGGACGGGACCCUGGAGCUGAUCUUUGCAGCCUACGCCACCACGGCCAGCGCCAGCACCUCACUCAUCAUGCAGCUGCUGAAGCACCCGGCCGUGCUGGAGAAGCUGCGGGAGGAACUGCGAACCCAGGGCAUCCUGCACAGUGGCGGCUGCCCGUGCGAGGGCACCCUGCGCCUUGACACUCUCAGCGGCCUGCGCUACCUGGACUGCGUCAUCAAGGAAGUCAUGCGCCUCUUCACUCCCAUCUCUGGCGGCUACCGCACCGUGCUGCAGACCUUUGAACUUGAUGGUUUCCAGAUUCCCAAAGGCUGGAGCGUCAUGUACAGCAUCCGUGACACUCACGACACAGCACCUGUGUUCAAAGACGUGAACGUGUUUGACCCAGACCGCUUCAGCCAGGCCCGCAGCGAAGACAAGGAUGGCCGCUUCCAUUACCUCCCAUUCGGCGGCGGCGUCCGGACCUGCCUGGGCAAGCACCUGGCCAAGCUGUUCCUGAAGGUGCUGGCUGUGGAGCUGGCCAGCACCAGCCGCUUUGAGCUGGCCACCCGGACCUUCCCCCGCAUCACCCUGGUGCCCGUCCUGCACCCGGUGGACGGCCUCAGUGUCAAGUUCUUCGGCUUGGACUCCAACCAGAACAAGAUCUUGCCUGAGACGGAGGCCAUGCUGAGCGCCACGGUCUAGCCAUGCCACCUUUGCCCACUACCCCGAGCCCGGCCCAGCCUAGCCGUGCGUCUGGAGGGUGGGUAGUGAAGGGAGGUUAAAACCUGUGUGGGGGAGGGGCUGUGGUGGGAGGGC